CCCCUCCCCACUCACGACCUUCUUCACUCUCUCAUGGCUCUACUUCUUACACCCCAUCCAGAGCCUGCUAACUCCAUCUCCUGUCCUCGUCCCCGUUCUCACAUGCCUGGUGCCCUCGCUCAAACAUCUUACGACCCCGCUCGAUACGUCCUACUCCUCACACCUCCGGACCAGCCACGGCAACUUACGAAGCGCGAGAGCACAGAGGUUGAGCCUCGUCUCGCCGCACACCUAGCAGCCCUCGUUACCGCAGGACUUGGGGAGCAGGAGAAGAGAUAUCCAGAGAAGAUGCAGCUACCAGUGCAUAUGCUGAAUGGCAGGCCGUCAUCCUCAGGCCACGUGAGGCAAAAGACUUCUCUGAGUCUCCAGGUGCCUGCGACAAGCCAAAGGCCUGCGUCCCAACCAGUGGUGGCAGGCCCCUCAAAUCACCCUCUUAUGGCAUACCGGAAUGCCGCGGCUAGUUCCUCUCAAAUGUCCCUUUACAACUCCCCGGUCUCACCCCCAACCGAGAGUUUCAAUCCCCGGCCAUAUUCGAAUGGUGCGGGGCCUAGUCCGAUUGAGUAUGAGCCCCCAGUGGUAGAAGAGGCUCCGCCACCACAGCAUCGCGUGCAUGCGAUAUCCAACGCCAUGCAAGCGAUGACUGUUUCCCAUCCAACAUCUGUUCCUAUCGACUCGCGCCGGUUGUCGAUUUCCUCUACUGACCGGCAUGUUGUCUCCCUCCCUGCCUCUGCAAAACUGACGUUCUGGGACACGCCCUUCCCUGACAAGGCGACGAAGGACAACACAUCGCUUGCGCGAAAUACUUGUUCCAUGAUGUGCUACAUCUGGUACUCUGACUCGAUCGGUCUGCCACUCACCGAGGCCGAGCAGCAACAGCAGGAUUCGCAGGAUUCGCUACCAAUCGAGGAGGAGAUACGAACACGUAUGCAGUUUAAUCCCUCCAAGGAUUUCAUCACGUUUAUGCAAGGGAUACUAUCGACCACCCAGUUGAGUCGAAGUGUGGUCGUUCUAGCGUUGUACUACGUGUACAAGCUGAGGCAGAGCGCAUCAGUACCGGCUUCGAGAGGGAGUGAGACGAGAUUGGCUGUUGCUGCAUUGAUGUUGGCGAAUAAGUAUGUGGAUGACAAUACAUACACGAACCGGACCUGGUCUGAUGUCUCCCACCUACCCCUAACCGACAUCAACAAGGCAGAAGAGGAGUUCCUGAACGGUAUCAACCACAACCUUUGCGUCAGCCGUCCAACGUAUGACGCCUGGCUGAAGACGUUGAAGAGUUUGGCACAUGCGAGAGACCAAGAGCAUGCUGCAUAUCUGCAUAAACGCUCUGUUCUUCGUCCCCGCACCAUGCAGAUACGCAAGCUCGUUCGUGCACGCUCUUCCUCUCCACUCAAGCCCCGUCUUCCCCAACCGGACGUGACAUUGGUCUCCGCGGGCUUCUUGCCAACAGAGCAAACCGACGCGUUCUAUUCCUCGCCCGCAUCCCCAAUUCUAAAUGCAAGCCCAUUGGUGAAGGACGAGCCGCUUUCACCUGCCCUGCCCAGUACAGGUGCCAAGCGGUCAGUCAACGUCGCAUUCUCACCUGAAUCGGUGCAUGUUGCACCUCCCGCGAAACGUGGGACCGCAUGGACCGCCAUGUCAAAUGGACACCGAUUCGACCCACCUCUCCAACUUCCACCUCUUGUCAUCCCUGGCGAACCUACUCUUCAUAGAGAGCCAACGCAACAUACUCUACAGCCGCUGCGCGUUCCCGCAUAUUCCAGGCAUCCUUCCGCCCACCGCAACACGAUACCAGCGCCCACCGCGCAAUCCGUUAUACCCGAUGUUCCAUUCACGUACUGUAUGCCCGUCCCAUCAAUACCCCCCAUCGUGCCUCCCGUUAUACCGCCUGGACCAGCUGCACAACAUAUGCAGCCACCGCAGGUACAACACGCAAAUGGGACGUAUGUUCCGUGCCCCUUCAGUUGAGACGCUGGCCGCUCCAUACCAGCUGCAUUCCCGUCUGCCUAACUUUUCUCGACCUCACGACCUUUACUAUUAUUCCCUUGCCGCUUCGCCUCUUGAAGUUCCAAUUGAUCAAAAACCGCCUCGCAAAGCGGUGUUACGGUACCACCACCCCGCCUACGAAGGGGCCCCUCUUCCCAGCAUUCAGCAGCCCGUCAUGUUCGCACCAGCCCAGCAACAGCCCAACGGUGCACUUGUUCUGCCCCCUCCACUGCCAGAUCAACCUCGUGCACGCUCUAUGGUCUAUUCCCGGGCCAAUGCGCAGAUCGCUCCGUUCGCCAACGCCGGUUCUCCGGGUGUAUACUGGACCGGUGCGCGAAGGCCAUGGCAGCAGGAACCGACUCCGCCUUCUAGACCGCCUUCGACGCACUAGCGGCCAAAACUGCAGAAGAACAUCAAGUUGCCAUGAUCGGAAACCUCGUGCCACUUCUGUAAUUCAUGUGUCGCCUUGCUCUCUCAAGCGUCCGCUGAUGCUCCAACCGUCAAGGAAGAGUCUCUGCAUGCCUAUCAUGUUCCUAUCCCUUCACGCAUAUUGCUCUGCCUAAUCCUUCCUGCAAAUGGUUUCUCGUCUUUUCCUCCGUACCCGAUAGGGUAGCAGAUUACGCCGGUCCAUCCUGAUGAUUCAAACUUGUGCACCCUUUCCCUGAUCCUUACCUCCCCUUCACGCACGCUCUGAUCGCAUCAUGUUUUCCAUUCACUCUUCCCCCUUACAACUGCAUCAAUUCGUACAAUAAGCAAAUCACGUUCUCGGCCGCCCAUCGCUUUUACCUAUUCUAGAUUGCAUGUGUCAGUAACCAUGAC